CAGAAGCACGUGUAGUUGUGCGUGUGCCGUAGCAUGGGGAAGCGAGAGCAUAAUAACGACUCAGUGACGAGACAGAAAGAGCGAGAGAUGCACGACAAAACCGAGGAGAACCUCAGCUACAUGUUGGAAACCGAACAUUUCAAAAUCAGUUCCGAGGUGGCGAACGAUAAGAAAAAGCGAGUGUUGGUGUGUGUGAGCGUUUAGGAGCGGGGAGCUGUGUUCGUUUAAGGAGGGAUAGAGCACCACAGAGAGAAGGAGGAGAGGAAUGGACAGAUCCUGAAGACGGAGAGCUUUGGGUUUCAGACGCUGUUUUCUCACUUGGUCUCUUUCUCACGCUCUGUUCGCAUCCAUCUGGCUGCAUGAUUGCAGCCAAGACUGUUUCAUAAGCAAGAGUCUUGCCUGCAUGUUUUUCUGACUCCAUCAAUUCUGGAGUUAACGAUUUAUUUACCUUUUGCACAAAUAAGCAUAUAAUUUUAUUGUAGAGCUUUGGAGGCUGUGAGCUCUUCACCUACUUGCUUUUGAGCCUAAAAUGGACUUGUGUGUUACAACAACAUUUGUAAAUCCAUGCAGCAAAACCCACUCAUGAAGCUUCAUCGCAACAAAAUGUUUUCCCUGUGCAGUUCGUGCAGUCCAACUUAGUAAAGUUUAGUUCAACUGCUUAUUUUCAUAAGGCGUAGGUGAGUUUAUCACCUAGGCAACCUGUUAUUCUGAUCAUAUUAUGAAUGAUGACAACUCUGACUCCGCCCCCAGCAAUGACACUCGGCAGGGGGCAGGUGGGGCGGAGGACGAAGAGGAGGCGGGGCCACGGAACGGCUCACCGACCAUGAGUGGCAGCUCUCCUUCAUCCAAUCCAGCUGAUGGCAGGACGGGAUCGUCACCAGGGGCCGACUCGGGGCCCGCUGGUUCGUCAGGGGACAACCGGGGGCCAAAUUCAGAUGACAUGGACGCAUUGUCCAGCGGCAAUGACUCCGGAGAGAGGGAGAGCGAAGGAGGGCUGGAAAGAGAGAACGGCUCCAGAGGACGACAGUCCAUGAGGAGUUACCAAAGCUCCUCAAAUGGCAAAGAUUCUGGCAUGAUGCUGGAGACCACAGAGAGCAACAAAAGCUCAAACUCGCAGAGCCCCUCUCCUCCAAGCAGCUCUCUGGCCUACAGCCUGCUGAGCGCUAGCUCAGAGCAGGACCACCCCUCCACCAGCGGCUGCAGCAGUGACCAGUCAGCACGCGUACAGACGCAGAAGGAGCUGAUGCGGGCUUUGAAGGAGCUGAAGAUCCGCCUGCCCGCUGAGAGGAAGACCAAGGGCCGUUCCAGCACCCUCAAUGCCCUCAAAUACGCCCUCAGCUGCGUCAAACAAGUCAGAGCCAAUCAGGAGUAUUAUCACCAGUGGAAUGUUGAAGAGUGCCAUGGCUGCAGUCUGGAUCUCUCCACCUUUACCAUCGAAGAGCUUGACAACAUCACCUCUGAGUACACGCUGAAAAACACAGACACAUUCUCCAUGGCCGUGUCAUUCUUGUCAGGAAAAGUGGUGUAUAUCUCCCCGCAGGGUUCGUCUUUAUUACGCAGUAAACCAGAAAAGCUACUGGGGACACUGUUUUCAGAACUACUCGCCCCUCAGGACGUCAGCACUUUCUACAGCAGCACUGCCCCCUGUAGACUACCAGCAUGGGCUUCCUGCAUUGGCUCUGCCUCUCCUCCAGUGGACUGUACACAGGAGAAGUCCAUGUUCUGUAGGAUCAGUGGAGACAGCUCCUCCAGUGGUGAUAUGAGGUAUUACCCAUUCAGACUGACCCCCUAUCUGCUCACACUGCGCGAUUCAGACAUGGCAGAUCCACAGCCCUGUUGCCUGCUCAUUGCCGAGAGAGUGCACUCAGGAUAUGAAGCUCCUCGUAUUCCUCCAGAUAAGAGGAUCUUCACCACCAGCCACACUCCAAGCUGUCUGUUUCAAGAGGUGGAUGAGCGGGCAGUGCCAUUGCUGGGUUAUCUGCCCCAGGACCUGGUGGGAACUCCAGUCCUGCUCUGUCUCCACCCUGAGGACAGACCCAUGAUGGUGGCAAUCCACAAGAAGAUUCUGCAGUUUGCAGGUCAGCCGUUUGACCACUCUCCGUUGCGGAUGUGUGCCCGCAGUGGAGAGUAUCUGACAAUAGACACAUCUUGGUCCUCCUUCGUCAACCCAUGGAGCAGAAAGGUGUCUUUCAUCGUGGGACGCCACAAAGUCCGAACUUCUCCUCUGAAUGAGGAUGUGUUCACUCUGCCGCGGGCUCUGGAGGAGCGGACUCUGGCUCCAGACAUCGCUCAGCUGAGUGAGCAGAUCCACCGGCUGCUGGUACAGCCUGUACACAGCGGCAGCUCUCAGGGCUACAGCAGCCUGGCCAGCAACGGCUCACACGAACUCCAGCCCAGCGCAGCCUCAUCAUCCGAGAGCAACGGAACUGCGCUGGAGGACCCUGCUCAGCUCCACAAACCGAUGACCUUCCAGCAGAUCUGUAAGGACGUUCACAUGGUAAAGACCAGCGGGCAACAAGUGUUUAUCGAAUCCCGCAACCGCCCUCCUCCCAGAAAACACGCUGCCACGGGUUCCUUGCGGGCAAUAGCGAAUUCUGGUCCAGGUGUGGCUCCACCCUCAAAGGAGACAGUCCCCUCCCAGCUUGUGAGAAAGGACCCACCCUCCACAUACUCAUACCAGCAAAUCAACUGUUUGGAUAGCAUCAUACGGUAUCUGGAGAGCUGUAAUGUCCCAAACACGGUGAAGAGGAAGUGUGGCUCCUCCUCCUGCACUGCCUCCUCUACGUCUGAUGAUGACAAGCAGCAGGAUGCGCCCGGCAACACUAAAGUUCCAUCCGUAGCUCUGGUUGGUGAGAACACACCUCUUCCAGCCCUGACAUUACACACUAAGGCAGAGAGUGUAGCAUCAGUCACUUCUCAAUGCAGUUUCAGCAGCACCAUCGUCCACGUGGGAGAUAAGAAACCUCCUGAGUCAGACAUUGUAAUGGAAGAAGCUCCUACGACUCCUGUCCCUGCUCCACCUGUCCCUCAGUCCCCUGCCCCGCCCACCAUCGCAGCCACCCCGUCUCUGCUUCCUCCCCCAACUCCACCCAGUCCUGCACUUACAGCUGAAAGGGAAGCGGGCAGGAGAGGAGGAAGGCUGGGACUGACCAAGGAAGUGCUUUCUGCUCACACUCAGCAAGAGGAACAGAACUUCAUGUGUCGUUUUAGGGAUCUGAGUCAGCUCCGAGUGUUCGACCCAGCUUCAGCACUCAGACGCCACACUACCACACCACUCAAUAGAGGUGUGCGUUGCUCGCGUGAUUACCCUGCAGUAGGCAGCAGUAGUCGAAGGCGUGGCAGAGGUGGCAAGAGACUGAAACAUCAAGAAACUUCAGAACAGGGCAGCUCUUUAGGCCGUGCAGGCCCAGCCGGAGGCCUCUCCACUGGAGCUCCUGCACAAGAUGGAGCCCCUAACCCCUCUUUUCCCCUGGGGCCUCCUACCACCUCCUCUUCCUGGCCUCCUUCUGCUGGCUCACAGAACAGUCUCCCAUCUGUGCCCUACCCACCGGGCAUGUUACCCCUUUACCCCCUUUAUCCACCCCUCUCUCAGCCCGUCGCAGACCCCUCCAUGCAGCCUGGCCUUCACUUCCCUCUUCAGAAUCCUCAGAUGGCACCUCCCAUGGUCCCCCCAAUGAUGGCGUUGGUACUGCCAAACUACAUGUUUCCACAAAUGGGCACUUCCAUAGCCCAGCCUGGACCUGCAGCCAUGCCCCAGCCUUUCUACAACCCAAACAUGGCUUUUCCCUAUCCAGCAGCCAGCACUGCCCCUCCAGCAGCCCCUCAAGCAGCCACAUCAGCCCAGCCAAACCCAUCCCGCUGUAGCACGCCCCAGUCCUGCAGCCAAAGAGAAGGAGGGGCUGAAAGAGAGGGGGCUGAAUCUCCCCUCUUCCAGUCCAGAUGCUCCUCCCCACUCAAUUUGCUCCAGCUGGAGGAAUCACCCACCAACCGGCUGGAGGCAGUGUCAGCGCUAGCCUCAGGGCAACAAGCCACGCCUCCUGUGGGAGGACAGGGGGGCGGGGCUGGGGCACAAACUUCAACAAAUCAGAGAAGUCCAGCAGGGGAUUCCAAAGAGAAUGAAAAUGGAGAAGCCAAUGAGUCGAACCAGGAUGCCAUGUCUACCUCCAGUGACCUGCUGGACCUGCUGCUGCAGGAGGACGCUCGCUCAGGCACCGGCUCAGCUGCCUCGGGGUCUGGCUCCUCAGGCACGGGGUCCUCAGGCUCUGGCUCAGGGUCAUCUGGAUCUGGCUCCAAUGGCUGCAGCUCCUCAGGGAGUGGAACCAGAAGCAGUCAAAGCAGCCACACCAGCAAGUACUUUGGCAGCAUAGACUCAUCAGAGAAUGACCACUCUCGAAAGCAGACAGCAGGGGGCGACGGAGAGGCACAGUUCAUCAAGUGUGUUUUGCAGGACCCCAUUUGGCUGCUCAUGGCUGACACAGACGAGAAGAUUAUGAUGACCUAUCAGUUGCCCAUCAGAGACCGAGAGACUGUUCUACGUGAGGACCGCAUCGCUUUGAGAGCCAUGCAGAAGCAUCAGCCCCGUUUCACUGAGGAGCAGAAGCGAGAACUGAGUCAGGUGCACCCUUGGAUCCGCACGGGGCGCCUGCCACGCGCCAUCAACAUAUCUGCCUGUGUGGGCUGCAAGUCUCCUCCGUCAGUGCCGCCUGCCGCCCCUUUUGACGUGGAGAUCCAUGAGAUGGAGCUAUGCAGUGUGCUCGAGGUGACAGAAGAGGGCGCUGCUGCCGACAAACACACCCAGCCAGACACAGCCAUGGAGGAGGGAGAGGCAGAGGGAGACGGAGAGAUGGGGCAGUGGAGAGAGGAAGAAGAGGAAGAGAAACAAAGCGGCGUCAUGAUGAUGCACGUCAAUGACCAAGAAAUGACGACCGAGGAGCAGGAAGUUACCUCACAAAUGGAGGAGGACAAAGGGGGCAAUGUGACGGACAUGAGCCACUGAGGUGAUGUCAUUAGCCAUUGAUUGGUGGGAAAAAGGACUCCAAACUCACUGCUGAUGAUGUCCGCAGGUGUUGUUAAUGGCAACAGGUACUUUUGGAAAUGCACACUUACAAUCAUGACACUGUUCUUUUUAAUGGGUCGUGGUUAACAGUCUGAUUGUAUGUUGUGCUUUUAAAAGAGGACUACAGCCUUAAGGCCAAGCCUACUGACCUUUGGGCCAAAGCUCUUCAAAACAAAAAGAACUACAUCACUACAGUAUGUUCUGAGUGUUACCAAUGACAUGUUGGAGUAUAGCGUUAUGUCAUUGUGUCAUGUGCUCUUAAACUAAAGUGAAGAUUUUAUUUGUUUUUCUACAAAUAAAAACUCAGUAUUUAUUUGUAUAGCUGAAUUCAAAUCAGUAGUGAUUAAAGCCAGAAAACCUGACAGACAAUGAAUGUGAAACGAAAAGGCCACUUUAUUGUAAAACUGUGACAUCACUGCUCCACACGCUGCCAUGAGUCACUUUCUUCAAAUGAAUUUAUGACCUUUUGGAUAAUUUGAUUUAAUAGGGAAAGUGGGGUGAUCAACUUAAGACCCUUUUAUAAUGUUCUUUUCAGCUCCAGCCUUGAGGAUCUGCAGGACUGUAUAUUGUAACAUAGACUCGCUCUGGCCAGCCUAGUUUGAACAUACAAUGUUAGUAAAAUCAGCUGACAAGUAGAUAUAUGUCAUAAUGUUUAGCAGGGGCGAAAAUAUGCAGCCUUGUGCAUCUGCAGGCGUUUGGGUCAGUAUCACUGCCUUCGCGGACGUCUGAUCUGCAGUUUACUCAUGCAUUUCGACCAAAUUUAUUCAAGAAAAGAUCCACAGGUUUCUUUUAUUUUUGGAGGUUUAUGAAUAUUUUUAUACGUCAUUGGUGUCGGCUCUGUUGUUUGUAUUCUCCGUGCUAUAUCUGUUUAAUCCACAAGUGGGUUGCUCAUAACAUGUUGGCAGCAGAAGCCAUUUUAACUGCAGCUUCCUCUGACAAGUUCUUCAAAAAGCUGGUUAUGAAUGAUUGGACAAAAACUGCCACAGUCUAGUCUUAUCGCCAGCUCUGAUUAGUUGAUUGUUUCCACAUUCAUGCUAACAGUGAAAGUUCUCAAAGGCAUUUGUAGCCAAUGACAUCUUCUGUGAAAGAAGAGGAGCAAAGAUGUUGGCCAGUAAAGUGGACCCUCCUAGCCUAGAGGGCCUCUAAAAAUGGACGCUGUGGUGCCUGUGUGGUCCCCUUUUCACUGUAGUGGCUUGCUUUAGUUAUACGAGCUUGGCAAUCAGAGAAGAAAAUAAUAGACUUCGAAAACAGCAGUUGACUUUAAGAAGAUUGCUUAGGACCAGAGAGACUCUCUCUCUCUCUCUCUCUCUAACAUCUUUCUUUUCUCCUCUAUGUCGCUCUGUUCUGUUUCAAUCAUGUCGUGUUCAGCUUCAGUGGUCCUGAGCAGUUUGUAAGUAUUUUUUUGUGAAUUUCUUUGUAUGAAAAAAGAAAAUAAAAUCAAAUCUUGUUCACA